CAUGCCUGUUAUACACAUCACUGUUAACGCCAAACAGUCCUCUAAAUGAUGUUAGCCAAUAAAACUCUAUCUGGCAGCACUGUUCCACUGGGAUAUAAUAUGUUGAGCAAAAUAACAUUUUUUGAAAUUUCCAAUUAAAAAGUUCUGAUUAGAAAACUCGAUUUCCUUGGCCGGUUUUUAUAUAUGAGUGUAUGAUUGACACUAUUCUAAAUAUAAGCGCAAUUUUCUAUCCUGCAAAAGCACCCCAAACAGCUGACAGGCAUACACACAUACAAAUCAGAAAACGGGGGUUGACCAAACCGGAUGACAGGAUAUAAAUCAGAGUCGUUACCUGAACCUGAAUCUAUAUAAAGACUUGUCAUGGAGGAGCGUGCUGUGCUGGCCAACAUUGCCUCCAUAAUCACCAAGGACCUGCUAAUUGACCAGCCGCCAGUGGACAUUAAUUCCGGCAGCUAUCCGCUGUUGUCCUUCGCCGAGGACGACGAUGAGGCGGAGAUCUUCGCCCUGAUGCAGCGCAAACGGGCGUUGUCCGCCAGCCGGAAGCGCAGGAUGCUGCAGGAGCCGGAGGACCGGAAGCAGGACCUCAAGCUGCCCAAGCUGGAGUGGCACCACGCGGAACUCAACCUCCUGCACCGCUACACGGAUGCCCAGUUCGAGUCAUACCUGCACAUGCGCAAGCUCACAUUCUUGAAAAUCCAGCAAGCACUGGAGGAAACCCUGAGCGGGAUUGCGCUGCCCGGAUAUCCGACUCCGCCGGCGCAGACGAUGCUCUCGCUGGCCAUGUGGAGACUGUCCACGGACGAGCACUUCGAGGAGAUCGCCCGCAAGUUCCGGCUGCCGUGGGCACUCUGCCAGCAGGUGGUGCGCGGAUUCUGGCACUGCAUCUCCGACAACUACGAGAGCUUCAUCAAGUGGCCCAAUUCGCUGGCGGCCCAGCGCAGCACACUGCAAGGAUACCAGAAGUUGGAGCAACUCCGUUGCUUCCGGGAACUGUUCGGCAUCAUAACUCUGAGGCGACUGGACGUCUUCCUGGAGUCGGAGCAUGCCGAGGUGCCGGUGGUGCUGCAGCUGAUCUGCAAUGCGGAGCGGAAGAUCGUCGACUGCUAUGUGGAGCUGGCCAUGGAGUACAGCUUCGAGGAAUCGCCCAUUGGCCAGACCCUGGCCCUGAACCCCAGGACCAUGCCGGCGGGCACCUAUCUCAUCGGGAACGAGGUUUUCCCCCUCAAAUCCUACUUGAUGCGGCCCAUCGAGGCCGAGUGCUUCCGCAAGGACGCGGUGUUCAACGAACUACUGCGUCCUGCCUUCCAACUGGCGGAGCAGGUCCUGGACACCUUGGCUCGACGCUUCAACACCCUGUACGCCCUGGAGGCCCGCGACUUGAACGAGGUGCGACUCAUCGUGGAGAGCAUUUGCGCGAUGCACAAUCUCUGCGAGGAGUUCCAGGAUGACGGAUUGGAGGACACUGGACAGAGCUCCUUCAGCUGGGGCCGACUGGCGGACGGCGUCAGGGGCAGCGAGAAGGACUCCAAGGGACUGCAGCGGCGGGUGGAACUCCUGGACGAACUGGUGGCCAUCGAGACGGGAGAAUAAAGUACUAGAAUUUAAA